CAUUGUGAAAGUCACACUUAGAAUACAUUUACACAGCACCACUUCCUCCUCUCAGACAGCACAAGAUCAUGUAACUGUUUCAUACCUGUCAAAGGACCAUCACUUUGGUUUGCCUUUUGUUCUGCUGUCGGUCUGAGCAGAAAAUAUUGGACUAACGUUUGGUUCUGCAGUUGGUCAUUAUGUGUGGAAGAUGUGCAUUCAGGCUUUCUCUGCUUCGGCUGGUGUGGGGUGUGUGCACAGCUUUUGAAGAGAUUCAAGUGAAAACAUUGGAAACAGGAGCAGAUUUGGGCACUCCAGCCUGUCCAAACCAAACCAUUCAUGACAUGAUGUCUGUAAUAUGUAAGUUAGAUAGAGUGAUAAGUGGUGGGAAUGACUGUCAAGUGUCUCUUCGGUUUGACCAAAAUGGUACAAACAGCACUUGUGAACCCAGAGUCACACUGCAGACAGAGAGUGACAGAGUGUUUCUACACAUCAGCAACAUACAACCAUCUGAUGAAGGGAUCUACACCUGUCAGUGUGCAUAUAAUGGAGGAACAGAUUUUUUGCAUCUCAAUAUUUCUGUCAAUGGAUCCCAUGUCUCAAACAACCUUUCUUUCCUACGUCCUUUCAUGAAAAUAGCAGCCUUUGCAGGAUUUGUAGCUGUCGUGGUCCUUGUUGGAAUAAUCACGAGGAAAUGUAAUCUCAACAGGAAAACUCAGCAGAAAGCGGCGUACACCUUUAAAGAGGAGGAGCAACAGGACUUGGAGCCCUACAGCACGUUCACAAGGAGAGACAAUGGGCUUUACUCAACCCUCCAGCUCACACAUUCUAACCCCUGAACUCUGGCACCAAUGACAACAGGGCAUUAGACACCUUUUUCUAUCACUGUGGGUUAAAUAGUAUUUCACCAGCCCUGUAUUUACAACUGUACAGUAUAUCAAUUUACUGUAUGUCUUGAUUACUGUAAUGCCCCUAUUUUUACAGCUGAUACUGACUUUAUAUAGUUCCAUUGAUUGGUUAAUGACACCUGGCUGAAUAGGUCCUGUACUGUAGAUCGUCUUCUGUUGCUGUAAAUAUCAGCACUUACUGUAUGAAUCCUGCACAUUAUGUUACGUAGAAUCAAGUAGAAACAAUGUUUGUCACGUUCCUGACCUGUUUCUGUUAGUUUUGUAUGUGUUAGUUGGUCAGGACGUGAGUUUGGGUGGGCAGUCUAUGUUUUCUGUUUCUAUGUUUGUUUAAGGGUUGCCUGGUAUGGCUCUCAAUUAGAGGCAGGUGUUUGGCGUUUCCUCUAAUUGAGAGUCAUAUUAUUAAGGUAGGUGUUUUCACACUGUUUGUUGUGGGUGGUUGUCUCCUGUGUCUGUGUAUGUCGUUGCGCCACAAGGGACUGUUUUCGGUUUGUUUAUAUGUUCGGUUUUUGUGUAGUCUGUUUUUUCCCUGUUCGUGCGUUCUUCGUGUUUCAUGUGAGUUCGUCGUUCAGGUCUGUCUACAUCGUUUAUUUGUUUUGUAAUUAUCCAAGUGUAUUUCGUUUCGUCUUGUAAAAUAAAUUCAUUAUGUCUACAUA